UUUCUAAAUUGAAGACACCAUGUCAGUAAUCUGGAUCUUGUUGUUCCUGGGGGCUGCAGCUGCUGCUCCUCUGGAUGAUGAUAAGAUAAUUGGUGGCUAUGAGUGUGGCCGUCAUUCACAGCCCUGGCAAGUGUAUUUCACGUAUAAUGGCAAUCGCUGGUGUGGAGGAUCCCUGAUCAAUUCUCGGUGGAUUAUUUCAGCUGCUCAUUGCUACAAACAGCCCAAAACUUUGGUUGCUCAUCUAGGAGAGCAUGCUACUUCCAAAGAAGAAGGGACAGAACAGCAUAUUCAAGUAGAGAAGGCAUAUCAAUACUUCUACUACAAUCAAUAUGAUUUGGACCAUGAUUUCAUGAUGGUCAAACUUAAAGAACCUGCUCAGUUUAACCAGUAUGUCCAACCAAUCCCAGUUGCAAGCAGCUGUCCAAAAGAAGGCAGUCACUGUGUGGUGUCUGGGUGGGGAAACCUGCUAACAUCUGGAGUGCAAUAUCCUGAUUCUCUGCAAUGUCUGGAUGUACCUGUGCUGUCUGAUUCCAGUUGCAAAGCUUCAUAUCCUAGUAAAAUAACAAGUAAUAUGUUUUGUGCUGGUUUCCUGGACGGCGGGAAGGACUCAUGUCAAGGUGACUCUGGCGGCCCUCUGGUGUGUAAUGGAGAGCUCUAUGGUGUGGUAUCUUGGGGGCAGGGUUGUGCCGAAACUGGUUAUCCUGGUGUAUACACCAAAGUUUGCAAUUACAUAGAUUGGAUAAAGAAUGUUACAGACAAUUACUGAAGAAGCUCAGCCCUUAAGUCACUGUUUUUAUUGUAUCGCUAACUUACCAAUGUGCGUUCAUAUUAUUGGCAACAAAAAGCAAUAGUAAUUACUGCUAUGUUAUUUAAUAUCUUAAAGCAAAUAUAUCAUUUCAAUAAAUGACUCAUUGUAACAUCUUCAA